AUGGGUUAUGAGAACAUAACAGACAAUGUUUUAUAUAAAAUUCGCAUUAUCGAUCUUUUUACACUUGAUCAAAGAGAAAUCAGAGUUAGAUAUAGUCUCUUACUAGAACUUCAUAAUGCUAUGCAAGAAUACAAUAUGAAUUAUUAAGUAUUUAUUUAUUAAACCUAGCUUCCUCAAUUUCCCAAAAAAGAAUAUUUAAAGACAUUGUUUGGAGAAAAUAAAGUGAUUAAAGAACGUGAAUAAAAGAUAGGAGAGUAUUUUCAAUAACUUCUUAAAUCUCCUCCUCCUAAUCAUAAAUUAUUGCUUGAUUUUCUUAGAGAAGGAGUUGAUACAAUAAGACAAUAAGAAUUAUUAAAAGAAGUAACUUCAAAAACUGAUAUGCUGAAAUAUUUAAAAUAUGAAAAAGUGCUAAAGAAGGCCUAAUUUGGAAAAACUACUUUAUAUAGUAUAAACGGAAAAAAAAUAAUUUUGCAUAAGUUUUACGUCAUGUAGCAUUAAAGUGAUUCCCUCUUUUCAUCAUAUAUGAAAGCUCAUUUAAAUAUUUUAGACUUUAGUUUAUUCACUUAAGUGAAUUCUAUAUUUUAUAUAAGACCUAAAUCUAACUUUGUUGAUAAUAUGCUUGGCUCAGUAAAAUAGCCAAAGGUUAGUAAGAAACCUAACAUUUUUAUGAAAUUCUAACCUUAAUAUGUUAGAGGAGAGGCAGUUAAAAUAUUUUCAAUAGAAGAAUAUGAGGGAUAAAAUUUAGAUGAAGUUAUUAGAGAACGAAAAAAUAAAAAUAAGCCUUUUAAUUUAGAUGAGUUGUUAAAUAUUAUAUAGAGAAUUUUAUAAGCAAUUAUUCAAUUGCAUAAACGAAAUAUAUUUCCAAACAGAAUUUUAGCCACUUCCAUAAUUAUCAGUAAUGACAUCGUAAAAUUAGCAAGCAUUUAAGAACCUAAUGCUAAAUAUAAGGAAAAAUAUUUAUUAGAAGGACAUGCUAUAAGUAGUGAAUAAGAGUUUGAUAUUGUUUAUUAUCCUCCUGAGAAAAUACAUUAAUAAUAUUAAUAAUAAUAAUUAAAUGGAAGGUUGAUUGAUAGUUGGCAUUUUGGAGUUUGUAUUUUAAAGGCAGCUCUACUAUGUACAAAUAAAGAAUUAGAUGGAAUUCAUUCAAGUUAUCAAGUUGAUAAAUUUGCAAAUUAAGUAUAGAUGUUAUAUGGGUAUUUUUAAUACAUUUAAUAUAGGUAAGAGAUGUAAUAGCAGAAAUAAUUAUGUUGAGUCUUAAAUAAUAAGCACAUUAAAGAGCAGAUAUUAGAGAAUUGUAUUUUUUAGCCAAUUAAACAGCAAUUAUUAAAUUUUAAUCAAAUUUUUUAUAUCAAUUAGAGAAAACUUAGAUUACAUAUUUAGCAAUUAAUGAAAUUACAGAGGAAAAAUUACAAAGUAUUUAAUAAUAGAUUUAAAAAUCUCCAAUUUUAUCAGUUAAAGUCAAUCUAUAUAAUUAAUAAAUAGAUUAAUAAGUAUUAGAUAAAUUAUUACAAUUACUUGGUAAUUUUGCUGAAGUAAAAUAUAUUACAAUGAUAUUAAAUAAGUAAGAAUAGAUUUAAAAUGAUUAGAACAUAAAAUUUACAUUUUGGAAACUUCUGUAUUGGUUUAUAAAAAUUAAAGUAAUUGAAACAUGUCUCAUUGGAUUUGAAAGGUAUAAAUAUAGAAAAAGAAGAAAUUGAUUAAGCAUUAAAAAUAUUCAAUUAAAUGGAUUCAAUUGAAAGAUUUAUAUUGGAUUGUUCAUCAAUGGAUUUUAUUAAUAGUUUAAAAUCAGAAUUGAAAUUAGAGAGUAAAAUAGUUUUGUAUUUUGAAUCAUAAUUAAUUUGA